AUGCUCGCCAUCACCUACUUGCAAAGGUUUGGUACGAACAUCAUGCAGGGACACUGGAAGGCGGAGGGCACCAGCCUUGAUCAGUGCAACUGCCCCUGUGGGCCGAAUGAGUGCAACAUCCUUCAGAUACCCUCCAGAUGGAAUGUGACCACCAUAGCAGAGCUCGCGAGCCUUGUCGUCGGCUUCCAACCCGACUUUGUGGUCUUCCAUCCGGGCUGGGAAGAGAUCACCAGCUGGCGGCAAGAAGAUGUGGUCCAGCUCUUUACGGAGAUUCAAGAAGCGAGACCCAGUGCCCAGAUGUAUUUCAAGACCCGAUUGCUGACCUCUCGGGAGAAUCCCCAGACUUUCCUCACCACUCUCAACAGCCUCUACGCGGACAUGUACCAGAAACACCGCUUCGCGGAGCGAGGCUGGCACAUGUAUGAUGUCUCCAAUCUUACCGCGAACUGGAAGGUCAAAGACAUGAAGUGUUCGUUCAUGUGGGACAACUUUCAUUACGACCUUCCCUCGAACAACGCCUUUAACAAGCUCUUGCUGCGGGACCUCUUCGGUGUAGACGUGCAAUGA